GGGAGAGCAAAGUCUGACAUUGCCUGCAGCAUUCUUCUCGCCUGGAGUUAUUGCCUGUGGAUUAGCAAAGGCUGCUGAAGUCCCUUCACACUUGGAGCACCAAAGGUGGAGCCUGAAGCCACAGAAGGGGCCUUUAUGCCACAGAUUCGCUCAGCUCAGCGGGCUCCCUGCGUGCGUCAGCGGGGAGCAGAGGGAAGAAGGAAGCGUGUCCUGGUCGGUCUGCAGCCGGCGGCGUGGGGCAGCGCUGCAGCUCCAGCCGCCCAUGGGCUGCGCGCUCCUGCCUGGCUCCCUGGCACUGCAGUGCGUGAAGGCAGCCACGACGGGGAGCUUCCUUCCCACAGGAUGGCAUGGAUGACUUCGAGUACAGCAUCCAGCUGAGCGACAGGGACUGGGCUGAGUUCUACCUGCAGGCGGAGGAAUGCGACCUAGCGCCGGCCGCCCUGGCCACGGCCGAGGAGCAGUGUCUCAGUGACAUUGACCAAGGGGACAGCCUGCCGGGCAGGGACUGCCACGCCAGCACAAACGGGCAGCCCGCAGCCGCGGCGGGCAGCGGGCCAGAGCUUGGCACGGCCAGCUCGGCCCCACGUGGGGUGCCCGGAGGCGCCUCCCCGCCCUGGCCCGCUGCUGGGCACCUCUCCUUGCCGGAGCUUCUGUCGGGCAGCGAGGACGAAGUGGAGCUGGGCUCCGUUGGCAGGUUUCUGUGUGACGGCGACAAGCCCGGCUGCCCUUUGCCCACCCUGAUGCCCAGCGUGCCGGGGAGGCAGCCGCCCUGCCCCCCCGCAAACCCCCUUGCCAGCCCAGCUGGUGGCACAGCCGAGAGCAGCCCGGGGCAGAACGCAGCAUGUGAAGCGGCAGCACCGCAGCCGGCGCCGGUGAAAGGAGCCUCCGGCGGCAGCCAGGCCAUGGAGCAUCCCGGGCAGCCGGCUGGAGGCACGGCAGGGGCACAGCCCCAUGGCCAAGCGGGGGCACAGCCGGGGGCUCCCGUGCAGGACAGUUUGCCGGCACUGCCUGCCUCCCCGAAGGCUUCAGCGAGGAAGAGCCUUGGCAGCAGCGCUUCCCGCUCGGAUCUGGGGGCGCAGGGAUCCCUGCGGGACCCCCCGCCGGGGCCGCCACCGGAGGCUGUCCCCAGAGCACCCAGCUCCCCAGCGCGGGAGAGGGAGAGCAGGGAGAGGACGGGCACCGAGCCCAGCUCCCCGGACGUGGUGAGGCCCAAGGUGCCAGGACAGUCGAGAAAGAGCCGCAAGCAACGUGGAGCCAGUGGCAGUGAGGCAGCCCAAGGGGACAGGGAGCCUGCCGCGGUGGUGGCACAAGGGACUGGCGGAGCCGCGAAGACGCCUUUGAGCUCGCCGCUGUCCUCACGGAAGAGCAAAGGGAAGGAGAAGGCAGCCAAGCCAGCGCUGGUGAAGCUGGGCAGCGAGGAGGCAGCGGACAGCAAACAGCCAGUGCCCGGCCCUGGCACGGAUGAGGGUGAUCCGGGCACCAGCACCCCCCUGAAGCAGAAGGUGAAGGAGCCAGGGACACAGUCCCUGGGGAAGGCAAAAGCCACCAAGCAGCCAAAGCCAGGACAGGCUGGUGGCUUGGGUGUGCGUGACAAUGUGCCAGUCAUCCCUGCCAGCGAGGCUGCAGCUCCCCUGGCAGAGGCAUGCCAGGAGGUACCCCAGGAGCCUCCUCAGCCCAAGAGAGUGGUGGCUUAUGGGGGAGAUGCUGCACGGGGAGCUUGUGGGGAGCCUGCAGGUGAGGUCCCCGAGGAGCUGGGCCCCUCCUGCUUUGCAGCCAAGGCCCCUGCAAGGGCAGACACCCUGGACGUGACUUGGCCCGAGAUGUACGACUAUAUGUUUUGUGACUCCCAAGGGGAAGAGGAAGAAAUGUGGAGCUCCAUGGAAGGGGAGGAAGCUCCCUUGGAGAGGGAAAUAUCCUUGCCUGAACUGUAUGAAUAUUUUUUCAACGAACCAGAAGGAAACAGGCAAAAAGUCAAGGGCAAAGGCAGGAAGCGAAAGAAGCUCAGCAGCUGGGGCCAGGCUGGGCUGCGGGAGGAGCCCAGGUCGGCUGCAGUCAGGGACUCCCUGGUGAUCUCAGUGCCUGAGGUCUAUGAACCCUUCUUCCGAGAUGGGCCUGGCAGCAGGGUGGGCUGGAGGAGGAUUUUCUCAGUCGCUCCAGCCUCCGAGGUGAAGAAAGCCGUGGGGGCUUUGAAGUCCCUCCUGCAGAGGCAUCUGGUGGGAGCUCAAGCCCCAGCCCCUCAGGCGCUCCUGAGGAGGGGAUCUGGAGAGAAGCUCUGCCUCGUCCCGCUGGCUCCGCUGGGAAGAGAGCAGGCACAGCCUGAAGGUGUAGACAUGGCCCUUGCGCUGAGAGGGGGGCCAGAGACUCCGCUGGCACUGACCCACAAAGACAUGUGCCUUGUCUUCUGUGCCUUUGCAUCCUGGGCAGUGAAGACCUCUGACCUGCAAGCUCCAGAUGCCUGGAAGACCAUGUUCCUGGCAAGCUUUGGCACCCUUUCUGCCAUCCGCUACUUCCGACGGCAGGUCAGAGAAGGACACCCCCGGAUCUAGGCUCAGCACACACCAGAGAUGCUUCCUAAGGACAGGAGAGGACAGUGGAGGCAGAGGCUGGGGACUUUGUUCUUGGGCAGUGUGAGAAGCCUGGAUCCCAGCACCAAGACUUCUCUGGACCCAUCCCUGAAGGGGACAGGAUGUCACAGGGAACAGGAUCCUUCCGGUGGCAGUCAAUGGCAACACGGUAGGCAGUUUGGACCUGGACUGGACAGAAGAGGAGCCCAGCUUGGGCUGGCUCUGGUCUUUCUUGGCACACUUCUUGCACACUUGGGCCAUCUCCUAGGAAGAGUCACAGUGUCUCUUCCAGGGCACUGCUUGUCCAUUGCCUGGUGGCAAAGGUGGGCACUGAGGUGGUGGAAGGAGGAGAGAGCAAAAGCAAGCAGGGAGGUGCUUUGUUCCUAAGGGCGAGCUGGGUUACCUGCGGAGGAGGAGAGGAGAGCUUUGGGAAGAGGUGGAGGUGGUGGAGGCACCGUCCCUGGGGGUCUUCAAGAAAAGCCUGGAUGAGGCACUUAGUGCCAUGGUCUAGUUGAUUGGAUAGGGCUGGGUGAUAGGUUGG